AAUUGACAACGGAAAGUAGCAACAAACAAUUUUACAGGCGUGGCUUUUUAAAAGAAAACAGAUAUUUAUGAAUUAAAUAGUCGACAAAAUAAGUUAAAUGUGAUCUUUACUAGGUUAUUUCAUAACCAAGAGUGUCUUACAUUUAGAUAUAACAGUGUAACUCAGCGAAAUAAGUGCCUGUAUACAUUAGGAAAUAGGGCGUCAACUGUACCACCGAGUAAUAACGAAAUAUAAAUAUGUACGGACGAAAGACGCCUUCUACUUAUCGAUCAACACCGUCAGUGUAUUCACAUUACACCGGAAAAUCAUCAACGAAUCUCCGAUCGUCAAAAUCAGUGAAGUCACUUCGGUUGCCGUGGUAUCAGAAACCAAUACUCCAUGAUGCCUUCUUCUUGGACCUGCAGAGGGGAUCCCUGCUCACUGGAUUCUUUACUUUGUUCAUGGCACUAUUCACGUUUGCGGAAAGUAUCUUUGAGCUCUACUGCUUGUACAUGGCAACCCCUGGCUUCACUCACACUGGAUAUUACGUCAUCAGCUACCAGUUCGUCUACGUUGGGAGUCCACCAGUACGCAAUGUCCUCAUAAUAUUCGCGCUCUUCUCCUGGCUUGGAUCUGCUGCUGUAGUCGUGACAAGCAUCAUACUCAUCAACGCAUUGAGAAAGGAAUAUGAAAAGCGAAUAGUUCCUUGGCUGUUUACAUUUGGAGUUUUCAUAGUGUUUCGUUUAAUUGCGUUCAUAUUUGCAUCCAUAGUUAACGAUAUGAUUUUUGCAUACAAUGUGAUAAUGUGUCUGUGCUGGAUCGUAUUCUGUGUAGUUGGGAUGUACGGGUGGGUUCUAGUCUACAGCCUGUACCUGGAACUGGCUGAUCUGACUAAGCUUGAAGACCUGGCGCAUCUAAGGAUGGGCACAAUGGCUUCCCUGAACGCUUCUCUGGCUGGCUCCCGUCCCACGACCCCACACAGCACUGUCUCCACCAUGCCAGCUUCACAAAUAUGAUAUGCGGCCCCGGACCACCCUGACGAGGCUACGCCCCUUACCAUUGAGCCUCCGCCCCCCGUCGAAGGCAGCCUCGAGACUCCCGUGUGAUUUUUACAACUUUGGUAAGAUAAAACUGAAUAUUAUUGUUAUAGGUGGCGCUAGUGUCGAAUUUAGGCGUUUUUGUGAUUGCCAUAUUUAAUAGACGUUUUUUGUAUCUGUCUUAAAGCAUAACUAGCGCCACCUAGUUUGGGCGAAAAUUAAAAGUUUUAUUGUUUAAAAGCCAAAAUCAGUAACUGAUCUUAUUCGAAAAAUCCGUG